AUGUCGAGGGUAGGCGAUGAAAAUUUGAGUUUCGAAGAGAGACUUCGAACUUGCGCAAAAACGAAAAAAUGGAAGAAACCCGCGGAGGCCGGGCCGUUUACGGCCAGAAAGGCGAAUAAGAAAAAGCCGAGGGAAGAGUCUUCCAAAAUAAGACUAAGGAGGAGUUUCGCGUCGAAGAUCGCGCCUCCGAAAGGGCGGGAUCCUAGGUUCGACAGCCUCUGCGGAGAAUUCAACCAGGCGGAUUUCAAAGAGUCCUACUCCUUCCUCAAGGACGUCAAACAGAAAGAAGAGCAGGCUCUCAAAAGCCAGCUGAGGGUCGAGAAAGACGCCGAGAGGAAAGAGCAGAUCCGGUCCCUCCUCAAAAAGUACAAGGACCGGGCUUUGGAAAAGGAAAGGAUCGAAAAGAAAAAGCAGAAAGAAUUCGAACAAUCGCAGAAAGUCAAGCAGGCCUUGAAAGAAGGCAAGCCGGCCCGGUUCAGAAACAAAGCCGAGAAACAAAUCUCAGAUCUCGUUGACAAAUUCGAAGAGCUCAAAUCGAAAGGGAAACUGGAAAAAUACCUAAAGAAAAAAUCAAAGAAAUUGAAGAAAAGUGAUACAUUUGGAAAACCUAAUUUUUAA